AAUAAAUCUCAAAUCUUCUUCUGCUCAACAAACCGUUAACCAACCAAAACUCACUCACUCUCUUUCUAUCUAUCUAUCCCUCUUUAUCUCUCUAAAUUCUGAACGAAUUUUCAGUCUAGUUUUAUUAAGCUGAAUUCAUCACACCCUUAAUUAAUUAUCAGAUUGUAGAAGAAAAUUUCUUGGGACAAAGUGAUUGGCUUGAGCUUUGGAGUAGUGGAGUACCAUGUUCUGAUGGUGUUGCAUGGUUCAGUCUUAUGAUGGCCACAGCUGCUGUCGUUGGGCUUAAUGCUGGCAAAAGGCUUUUGAGCUCCUCUUUCUAUUAUUCUGAUUUCACCGAAAAGCUCUCUUAUUCCGGCGAACAAUAUCAGAUUGCUCCCACUAAAAACGUAAUUGUCGCCAAAAAAACAACUAAUUUUAAUCACAGAGGAUCAUCAAUCAAGGCACUUAGGGAGUGUAUAGAUGGUACUACAAUUCCUCCUAUUGCUGAGCCAUGGAUUCCGAGAUCUUCUCCUUUAGAAGAGGAAACUUUGGAUCCUGAAACUCCAUUGGAAGCUCUCCUUUUGCUUCAGAAGUCGAUGCUUGAAAAUCAGUUAGAGUUAUCCUUUGAACGCCCUGGCAUUAAUGAUAUGUUUAGGGAGAACACUUGUAAGGAAUCACAUGUCACAUCGUCAGGAACUCCAGCUCGAGUACGAAGGAUAAAUGCUAAGAAGAGAAGUCAGGUUGAAAGCAAACGAGAGAUACCUCCAGUUGUUACUGUAAGUCCUGAGCUUCUUCAGAAUCGUUCGAUAGGGUAUGUCAGAGGUAUGACAAGUGAUGUAUUGCUGACUCAUGCCCAAGUUGUCAAUUUAUCUCGAAAGAUCGAAGCUGGUCUAUCCUUGGAGGAGCAUAAAUCAAGACUGAAAGAAAAACUAGGGUGUGAACCUUCUGACGAGCAACUUGCGAAUUCCUUAAAGAUGAACCGCGCUGAAGUAAGAUCCAAAAUAAUUGAGUGUUCGCUGGCCAGAGAAAAGUUGGCUAUGAGCAAUGUACGCUUGGUCAUGUCAAUUGCUCAAAGGUAUGAGAACAUGGGUGCUGACAUGGCUGACCUUGUUCAGGGCGGACUGAUUGGACUACUUCGUGGAAUUGAGAAGUUUGAUUCCUCCAAAGGGUUCAAAAUUUCAACAUAUGUUUACUGGUGGAUACGUCAAGGUGUUUCUAGAGCACUAGUUGAAAAUUCAAGAACUUUGAGGUUACCUACUCAUCUUCAUGAAAGAUUAAGUUUAAUUCGCAGCGCGAAAACUAAACUUGAAGAGAAAGGGAUAACUCCUACGGUUGAUAAAAUAGCUGAAUCUCUGAACAUGUCUCAUAAAAAAGUUAAGAAUGCAACAGAGGCUGUCAGAUCUGUCUUAUCAUUUGACAGGGAACCCUUCCCCUCUUUGAAUGGUCUUCCAGGAGAGACAUAUCAUAGUUAUAUCGCGGACAAUCGUCUUGAGAAUAAUCCGUGGCAUUGUGUAGAUGAAUGGGCACUCAAGCAAGAUGUAAGCAAUCUUAUAGAUACCACACUCAGGGAACGAGAGAAAGAUAUAAUACGCCUUUAUUAUGGUCUGGAUGAUGAAUCUCUGACUUGGGAAGAAAUUAGCAAAAGGAUUGGUUUGUCAAGAGAAAGAGUCCGGCAGGUUGGGCUAGUGGCGUUAGAGAAACUAAAACAUGCUGCGAGAAAGAGAAGGAUGGAAGCCUUGCUGGUGAAACACUAGUAUGACAUACGGUUCGUAGUCUUUUGUAGAGCUUAUCGACCUGUGUAUAUAUAUAUAACAGAACAGAACAGAACAGAACAGAAACGAACAGUACAUUCACUUGCUUACAGUAAGUACAAGUUUUUAUCAGGGGCGGCCUACCUUUAAACUUUAUUUAUUAUUAUAUCCACUGUUUCUGAGAUUAAGGAAGAUCGUUGUAUAGUUUUAUGUAAGGAUCACAACACAAUUACUUGCGCAUUAUGUAUUAAUACAAGUUUGAAUUUUGAUCAGACAUUUCUUUUUCUAAUAAAAGGGCGCAUAUGAUGUCUAUGUACUUUUUUUUUCCA